AGGAGGGCGCCGCGGCUGGCAGCGCUCGCUGCUGCAGCGAGCAGGGCGGCCAGGACGCCCGGGACCCAGGGGCGCGCGGCGAGGUCGCGGGCGGCGGCGUCCCCAGCCUGGAGGCGCUGCUGCACGACCUGGACCGGGCCGACGCCCCCGGGGCCAUGGACGACGCGGCCGCUCCGCCCCCCGCCGCCGCGCCGGCGGGCCCGCUGGAGCGGCUGAGCGACGACGAGCUCCUGGCCCAGUGCUGGAGCAGGGGGCUGGCGGCGGGCCCCGACACGCCGCGGGAGGCGGCCCUGCGGCUGCUGCGGGAGGCGCUGGCGUGGGAGGAGCUGCCGCCAGAGGCGCUGCGGGAGGCCGCCGCCAGGGCGGCGCCCAGUGCCGCAACGGGCGGCGACCGCGACGCGCUGCUGCGGGCGCUGGCGGACGCGACCUGGGAGGCCGCCGGCGUGCCCAGGCGCCGCUUCUCGAGCGAGGCGCUGGCCUGCCGGGUGCUGGAGAGGGUGCGGGCGCUGCAGGCCAUGGGCGCGACGCAGCUGCUGGCCGAGGGCAGGGCCUUGGGCGUCGCAUCGCAGCCCAGCAUGAGCCCGGAGGCCCUGCGCAGCCGCCUGGGCGCCGCUCUCGUGUGGAGCCACCUGCCGGGCGAGGAGCUCCUCCGGGAGUGCGAGCAGCGCGGGGUCGUCCUGCCCAGCUCGGUGGCCCUGGGGGCGCACGGAGCCCCCGAAGCUCUGUUCAUUGCCGGCAGCUGGUCGGACUGGAGAGUUGCGAAGCUCAAGCGGGAGGGCGGCCCUGGCCACGAGCGCUUCGAGCACCUGGUGCCCAUUGGCCCCGAGGGCCAGGAGAGCUUCCAGCUCCUCCUCGAGGGGGACUGGGACUGCACAGUCUACCCCAGCCAGCCUGGCGCGCACCCCGGCAUGAGCUACGAGAUCCUGGGCCCCGACCGCUGCGGCCACGGGCGGAACUGGACCAUCGGCAGGCACGCCGCAGAUGGCGCGAGGCACGGCGACCAGUUCCUGGUCGGCGUCUCCUUCGAGGGCGACCCCCGCGAGAUGCGCGUGUCGUGGGCCGCGGCGUCCCGCGCCGCGGGGCGCGGCAGGAGCUCCGCGAGCCGGUUCAGCUACUCGGGCCAGCCGCAGGCCCCCCAGCGCUCCGGGCGGCAGCUCAUCGUCCUCAGGCUGCUGGCCCAGAGGGACCUCGUGGCCGGCUGGGAGGCCCGGGGGGUGCCCGUGGACCGCUUCCGCGGGAAUCUGUCCGCCGCCAGGGCGCUGGCCGAGCAGUACAAGCUCGUCGACCAAACGAGCACGGAGGACCUGAGCAGGUGGUACUACAGCAACGAGGGCUUACCGAGGGAGAGGUGCAUCACGAGGGGCGAGCUCCUGGGGCUCGCGCGGCGCAUGGCCCUGUGGGAGCUGCUGCCGCUGGAGGAGCUCCGGAGGGAGCGGGCCGCUCGCGAGGAGGGGCCCGAGGGCGCGGGGCCUGGCGCCUGCGGCCCAGAGGCCUGCCCGGACGACGGCGACGAGCGCGGCGCGCUGGUGGACGCGCUCUUCCUGCACGAGCGGCGCGCCGCCUGGGAGGCCCGCGGCUUCCCCGCGAGGCGCUUGGGCAGCACCCAGGCCACGGUGCAGCUGGUGGCCGAGUGCGAGCGGUUUGGCGAGAUGGACGACGCCGCGCUGCACGAGGCCCUCCGGGACGCCGGUCUGCCCAGGGGGGCCGAGCUGGAGCGCGCGCGGCUGCUGGGCGCGCUGCGGGCGCUGGUGUGCUGGCAGCUGCUGCCGCUGCCAGAGCUGGAGCGCGACUGCCUGGAGAGGGGCCUGCCGGUGCCGGACGCCUGCAGUGAUUGCGAGAAGGAGAGGAGGGCGGCGCUGGUGUCGCUGCUGCGGACGGACCUGCUCCGGUCAUCCUACGAGGCCUCCGGGAUCCCCGUGGCGCGCCUCGGCGUCGGCAGGGCCAGCGUCGUGGUCGGGCAGCUGGCCAGCUUCGGGGACAUGAGCCUGGAGCAGCUCCGGGCCGCCGUGGAGGGCGAGAGGCAGUUCCAGGCGCCCCGCAUGUCGCGCGAGGAGCUGGAGGGGCGCUUGCGGAAGCUCCUCGUCUGGGCGGCGCUGCCCACCCCGGAGCUCUGGGCCGAGUGCGGCGCCGUGGGGAUCCCGCUGGCCGGCUUCGAGCGGGGGGACCCGGAGGCGGGCCUGAGGGCGCAGCUGCUGGACCGCCUGGAGCUGCGGGAGCGCGCGGCCUGGGCCGCCGCGGCCGCCUCGGCGGAUCUGCGCUUGGUGCUCCGCCUCGCGCUCCUGGACCCAGACCUCGAGCGCCUUGCCCCCGAACAGCUCCAAGCUGUCGACGCGGGCCAACGCGGCGCUGGGGGCGGCGCCGACGUCGAGGGAAACUUGCUCGUCCGCCACUCACGCCUCCAGAGGGGCAUCUGCAACGCGGGGCCCUGCCAGAAGAACACGAGGAACUCCACCAGCAUGCCGAGCAGCAUCGUGAUGUUGGCAGCCGUCAGGCGUGGCACCUGCGCCACGGUGCACUGGACGACCACCACCACCAUGGACGUCGUGGUCGUCGGAGGCUCCAGCAUGGACCUCAGCAGGAGGUGCGGGCGUAACGAGACGGGGAAGAGCCAGACCUCCAGCGCCUCCACAACCACGAACAUCGUCAGGAACCCCUUCAGCGUGACGAGCGGCGACGAGAGGCGCGGCGCGAACCAUCCCAGCACCAGCGCCGCGGUGUUCAGGUACGUCCAGCACAUGAGCGACCCGCUCGUCUCGGAGCGCGUCUGCAGGGUCCGCGCGCGGCGCACGCCGGCGGGGUCGGCGCUCCUGCCCGGGGCCGCGCGGGAGUGGCCGGCGCUGGAGGCCGCGCUCUACGUGCUGUCGGGGGGGGCCUUCGACCCGCGGCGGGAGGUGAGGGAACGAAGCCCCGUGGCGGCGCUCUUCUCGGUGACGUGCCCCACCAGCGAGAGGCGGGCGCACUUCCACCCCCUGCUGUACGAGACGUUCCGGACGCAGGACUACGAGCCGAAAGAGCUGGUGGUGGUGGACACGGGGCUGAGGCCUUCCGAGUUCUUCGUGAAGUGCGCGCGGGAUGACCCACGCGUGGUGUACAGGUUCUUCCCCGUGGACGACGCCCGCGAGGGCUGCAGGCCCCGGGGCGGGAGGGCGGCGUGGACGCUGGGCCUCAAGCGCAACAUCGCCUGCUGCCUCUCCCCCGAGGAAGCGUUGGCCGAGGCCGCUGCCGCUCUUUUGGACGUGCCCGCCCAUGUCCUGGCGGCGCAGGGCACGAGGGACGCCGCCUUCUCGCGCGUGAUGCAGUUCGUCGCCAUUGCUGCAGAGCUACCAAUGAGCGUUGCCUUGAAGAGGGGAACGGUCAUCAUAGACGAGGUGAGGGAGAUGCUCGAUGCCGGCGGUGCGCCCGCCGGGGCCGCCGAAGACGCCGAGGCCCGGCGGCUGGCCCCUGCGGCGGCCAAGCUGGCCGAGUGGUACUUGCUGGACUCCCGGAAGGCUGCGAGAGAGGCGACGCAGCAGCCUGCGUCGGCGCCUCGACGUGCAUCGCAGUCUCCAGCACCGUGGAGUGAUCAGUAUAAGCAGAUGCAGAAGCAGAUGGAGUUUCUUUCAGCUGAGCUCAAGAGAGUCAAGGCUGAGAAGGGUGUCGCGGCCAAGGGUGACGGAGGUGACACGAUGGCCAAGGACCCCGACGGUAACGAGACGGACUAUGCCAAGAGAGCUGCGCUUCAGAAGCGCAUUGAUGUACUCGACCAGUUCAUCAAGCAGACGAAGGAGCUGGACGAGGACGAUCCUGACUUGCCAGCGGCAAAGAAAAGAUUGGAUCAGCUUCGUGAAGAGCACAGAGCCAUGCGCCCGCCAGUGUCGGCACACAAGGCUGCCUUCCAGAAGCUCGAACGCUGCAAGUCCCAGAAGACGAAGAUGGAGUAUGAGAUAUCGGAACUUUCGGCAAGGUUGUCAUCACUUCAGAAUGAGUUGGAUGGCAAAAAAGCUGCACUUGAGGCUAAGUCGAAGGAAGUCGAUCUACUCGAAGUGGAAGUUGAAAUGUCGGCGGCUAAGCUGCGCAAGCAGCGUAGUCCCAGAGGAGCUGAAGCUGCAGGAGUCCCCGAGGAUUUCAUCAAGCAGCUGGGCUCCAACCUCAUCCGCGCUGAGGACGCCGAGCUUGAGAAGUUGUUCAAGGACCUCAGCGUACACCCGAAGUUCGAGAAGUUCCAGCAGAUCAUUUUCGAGAGCGUUGCCCCCGCAGGGACGGUCGACGACCCCAUGGAGGGCAGGAGAUUUCCUCUUGGGCUGCCAGACGUGGCUGGAGCGUUAUCAUUGAACCAGGACAUGAGACCAAGGGCCAUCUUCCCUCUGCGGGAGUGGCUGUUUUCGCACGUGCUGAAGUUGGUCUUCGACGUCCUCAAAUUGAUGGUCAGACUGUCUCUGGAGUUCUGGUCGCCCACAGGGCGCUACAUGUGGUGGUUGAUGUGCCAGGAAGUCAAGUGUCCUGGCUCGUAUGCGCGCUGCAUCAAGCCGAAGUGGGUCGAUGUGACUUACAAUGGCAGUGAUGCGGAAGGCAUGCUGGAGAAGCGGCUGACUGAGUCAUUACAGAGACAGUUGGAGCUCGACUUGGCUGCCAAGAGAGGGCUUCCAGCUGGCAUGCGAUCAAGUUAUGAUAUUCUUCGGCCGUUCGUGAGAGAGAAGUAUUCGAAGUACACCUCAUACCAGAAGUUCCUGGUGCAGGAUUUGAACCCUGAGGAGAUGGUGGAGUCUGCAUGUCCAGAGGCGCAGGGAGACGACCAGUGUCUCCGCGCGGCCCAACCCAGCCUCUUCGUAUCAGUACGAAUCACGUCGUUAGUCACGUGA